AUGUCCAACCCGUUGGUUCGCCCCAGUCCUACGAAGGAAUCAGACACAAAUGACUCACUUAACAUAUUCCAUCGAUGGAGUGAGCUACCAUCUGAACUAAAGAUAAAAAUCUUGCGAUACACUUCUUUCCACACCGUCAUGCGAUUCAUGCUUUUGAGCAAGGAAUCGUAUGCUUUGGCAUCGAGGACAAAACUUCGCAUUGAUUACAUCCAGAUCAGCGAGCCUGAACGUCGGGGAACGAUUUCGGUCACUUCGGGUAUGCACGAACUUCUGCAGAAGCAGACAUUGACGUCACAAGGGCUAACAAAUUUUCUGGAACUCGGCACAGAAAAUAGAGCUCUCGUAACCGACUUGGUUCGCUUGCUACCUCCCAGAUGCACAAUUGUUAUAUACGAGCCUAAUAUAUUUCUGGAUAACAAUUUUUUGAUCUUGAUGCGGUGA